UAAGUUAUGAAAUAGAAACAAAAUUCAUACUAAGUUCGGUACAUACUUCAGUUGCUAAUUAGGUAGAUUCUAUCUUCAAUUAAAAUCGCAAUGGUUUUAACUAUAAUAAAUACACCUCGUAUAUCUCUUAGGUUCUCUUGGCUUAGUUAUUGGAAUAAUACUUCAUUGAAUAGGUAAAAUACGUGUCUUGGAUGAAAGGGGGAACACGGUUAAGUUCAAUACCCCACUUACGUUCAAGAAGAGAAUUGCGUGAUUGAUUUAACUCCGCUUCAAUGUUUCCUCAAUCAACAAUCAUUCACAGUUACGCACGACCAAAUUGAUGAGUACGAUCGGACAAAAUGCCACCCUCAUCUGAAGUAGAAGAUGCCUCAAGGCCUCUGCUUGCUGACCAGAGAGAACCGCGGGAGGUUGGUGCAGCAGAUGGCGAUGGCGAUGGCGAUGGUGACGCCCCGCCACAGGGUACGACCCGGGAUGCGGGCACGUUCACCAAGAAUCUCGGCGCUCUCGAGGCUUUCGCCAUCGUCAUCAGCAUCGUUAUUGGGAGUGGCAUAUUUACGUCACCCGGGUCAAUAGACACUAACGUACCUUCUCCGGGCGCUGCCCUGGUCGUUUGGUUAAUUGGCGGCGUGCUCGCGUGGACCGGCGCUUCGACAAUGGCCGAGCUGGGAACGGCCAUCCCCGGCGAAGGAGGAGUACAGCCUUACCUGCAAUACAUUUUCGGAGAUGUCUUCGGCUUCUUGGCCGCCUGGACAUGGAUCGUAGCCGUCAUGCCGGCUACCCUUGCUAUUCUUAGCAUCGUCUUCGUUGAGAGCAUCUACUCCGCGAUGGGCGUAACCGACCAAGCCGGGAGAAUCGAGCAUAAGCUAUUUUCCAUUCUCAUCUUGGUUGUUAUCAGUGUCGCAAAUUCCAUCAGCACUAAAGCUAGUACUCGUCUCAACAACUUUUUCGUCGUUACCAAGUUCGUCAGCAUCGCGGGAAUCGUGAUAGCUGGAAUAGUGGUUGUCAUACUUCAGGUAACUGAUCCGGAGAGGGAUAUUGGUGGACGAGAUUGGUUCGACAAGCCUUGGUUUGGAAAUCGGGAGGUUCUUAACCCCGACGGAAGCAAGACGGACUGGAAUCAGCUAAGCGAAUGGGAGAUUCUUGGCCAUUAUUCUGCAGCGCUAUACGGAGCAUUAUGGGCCUAUUCUGGGUGGGAUAAGGCGAUUUACGUCUCGGCCGAACUUCGUUCACCGGCACGCCAACUUCCACUCGCAAUCAACAGCGCUAUCCCGACGAUAAUACUAUGUUUUAUCGCCGCCAAUGCUGCCUACUACAUCCUCCUUCCGUGGAAUGUGGUGUCGACAACAGAUAGCGUCGCUGUGACUGCGAUCACUCGUCUCCUCGGGCGCGGUUUCGGCAUCGUUGCCGCUGCUCUCAUCUGCCUAGUCGUCGCCGGCUCCCUUCUUGGGAACUCAUUCGUUGCUGGCCGCAUGGCCGUCUCAGCGGCAAACAAGAACUGGCUUCCUCGCAUCUUCGCCUCUGUUGGCUACCUGGGAUUGAAACCGGGAGCGAGGAAUGAGGAGCCAUCUGCAAGUAAUGGACAGAGCUCUCCGAACACGACGCAAUCAGACGCCCCCAUCAACGCGAUCUUGCUUUCGGCUAUCCUUUCGGCUUUAUACAUCCUUCUCGGAAACUUCCGCGCUCUGCUCACCUUUAACGGAUUGGGAGAAUAUUCUUUCUUCUUCUUGACUGUUCUGGGCGCUAUUGUCCUUCGGUUCCGCGAACCAGAAUUACGGCGGCCGUACCGACCAUUCAUCCUGGUCCCCGUGGUGUUCGCCGUGGUCAGCGGGUUCGUAGUAAUCAGAGGUGCUUUCUUCGCGCCGGUGCUGGCGAUCGUGGUCAUUGCUGUAUGGAUAAUUGGCCUAGGGUUCUAUUGGAUCAAGAAGCGAUUGGCUUUGGGGCAUGAAUAAUUGCCAGAUUCUGUAUGGAAAGGUACCUAAUUUUAUCCAGGAGGCCGC